ACUUUCUCCUUCAUUUUUAUGCCCUAAACAAGAAAUGAAAAAAUUGACCUUCCCAACUUUUUCUGUUCCCAAGUUCCACCCUAUUUAAGUGGGCUUAAUCUAGAAACAUGGAAUUAUCACUCGGUUUUCCCUUCUGUAAAAUGGGAGAGUUAUAAUUGCUAAGUUUUACUGAGUGCUUACCAAGUGCCAGAAACUAAAAUGCUUCAUGUGCAUUGACUCAUUCAAUCUUUAUAACCACCCUGUGAUUUUAUAGAUGAGAUGAAUAAGAUGGAGAGGGUUUUAACAAGGUCACUCACAGCUAAGAAGUGGCCCGUGGUGCAGCUCAGGGAGCCCGAAGUCCUGAGCCCCCGAAGAUAAGGUCACCUGCUUUCAUAUUGGGAGGCUUGGAAAUGCUAAUAAAAUGUGAUGUUCUGAAUCGCGGAUUUUCAGGUUAUAAUACCCGAUGGGCCAAAAUCAUUCUUCCAAGAUUAAUCACAAAAGGGAACAGUCUGGACAGCCCAGCAGCAGUUACAAUUUUCUUUGGUGCCAAUGACAGUGCGCUGAAAGACGAGAACCCCAAGCAGCACGUCCCGCUGGCCGAGUACGCGGCGAACCUGCACACCAUGGUGCGACAGCUGUCUGCCGCCGGCGUGCCCGCGAGCCGCAUCGUCCUCGUCACGCCGCCCCCGCUCUGUGAGGCCGCGUGGGAGCAGGAGUGCCUGCUGCAGGGCUGCAAGUUAAAUCGUCUGAACUCCGUUGUUGGUGAAUACGCGGGCGCCUGCGUACAGGUCGCCCGGGACUGCGGGGUAGACGUGCUGGACCUGUGGACCCUGAUGCAGAAGGACACUCAGGACUUCUCAUCCUACCUGUCCGACGGGCUGCACUUGUCGCCAAAGGGAAAUGAGUUUCUGUUCUCUCACCUCUGGCCUCUCAUAGAGAAGAGAGUCUGCUCUUUGCCCUUGCUGCUCCCGUACUGGCGGGACAUAGCAGAAGCCCAGCCGGAACGGAGUCUCCUGGGAGAUGGGGACCAUUAGCCGCAGAAAAGCCAGUCUGCCCGGUGACUUACAGAAGCAGACAGUGCCACAAAGAUCCCAGGAUGAGUGAUCAGAUCUUUGCUCGUGACCCUGGAACACGGAACCCCUGCCACCAAGAUCAAUAAAAGCCUUAGAAUUUUUAGGGAAGCUCUGCCCCUUGGUGUGCUGUGUUGUGACAGCUGCCUGAGGCAGGUGUCCUCGGUGCCCCAGCUACGGAAGCAACCCUGGGUCGCCUGCUAACUGUAUACAUGGAAAAAAAGUAAAGACAAGAUUUGUUUAAAAAGU